AUGGCAUCGCUGUUUGACGAGCCAGAGAUUGUGAAAUUUAUUCAUGGAAUAUGUGGUGAAGAUUCAGAAAUACAACCUGAGGAAGCAGAGAAAAUUUGUAUCUGUUGUUUAGGAAUUCUUCAACAGUUCUGCUCAGAUACUUUCACACAAAAAAUUAUCGAACAUGUAAAAUCUUCCGGCUACAUUUUCUCCAAUUAUUUGUGUUCUCUCAUGUUACCAGUGUCUUUGAUUGUCCGCCAGCAUUCAGUUUACCUUCAUUUAAGAGAUGAAUUUGUUGCUAUGUACCAUGGUAUCUCAGAUGAUGACAUUCCUGCUGUCAAAGAAGUAUGGAAAUGGCAGAAUGGACCAAUAUUAGCAGAUGCUUUGGCUGCUCCUUUCAAUAUGAAGAGUCCGUUUGAAUUGAACAUAACGUUCACCUACCCACAUUCCAACAAAGAAUGCGGUUUCCUAACUGAUAUUCAUCCCGAUAUCUUCCGUAAAAGAAAGACCAAAAAGGGAGAUUGGGAGAUGUUCAGUCGUGCAAAUGUUGCCAAGGCUGUGUCUGAAACAGUUAAUUCCAUUUAUCAAAAGGUUUGUAAAUUUCCUCCAUUAACCCCUAUGGAGUCUUGUAUUUGUGAUUCCAUCAGAUGUCAGCAUGAUUCAGUGUUUGUAGCAGGUCGAUACAACAAGUAUUCACGUUUCUUAAGUCAAACCCCUUGGUUAAUUGAAGGAGUUAAAAAACAUGAAACAUCAGUACAAGAACUGAUUUGUAAUGUCUUAAAUGAACGAUAUGAACCUGUUGAAUGUAAGUUUUCUGCAUCUGGUCGUGAAGAUGUGGAUGUGAAAAUGCUUGGCAAUGGUCGACCGUUUGUCAUAGAAUUGAUCAAUUCCAAAAGAUCAAAUUUUACUGCUGAAGAUUUUGUGGAGAUGAAGAAUAAAAUCAAUGAGAGCACAAAAUCUAUUUUUGUCAGAGAUUUACAGGCUGUUUCAAGAGAGGAGAUUGGAAAUCUGAAGGAGGGAGAAAUUGAUAAGACAAAAAGUUACUCAGCUCUGUGCUGGUCACAGAAACCACUGACAGAAGAGCAACUAAGUGCACUUUCUACUUACAAGGAUUUGGCUAUUCUUCAGAAAACACCUAUCCGAGUUCUGCACAGGCGUCCCCUGGCAUCUCGUAAACGUCUGAUACACUUUAUGUCUGCAACAAAAGUUAAUGACAAUCACUUUCGCCUCAGUCUUUCUACGCAGGCUGGAACCUAUGUGAAAGAAUUUGUUCAUGGUGAUUUUGGAAGAACUCAGCCAAAUUUGUCUUGCGUUUUCAAAACUGACUGUGAUAUUUUAGAACUGGAUGUUGUGUCUGUGGACAUUGACUGGCCAAAACGUCUUGACCAAUGAAAGACAUUUCUGCAGGCAAAACAUCUGAUUGUAAUAUGGAACUGUGAUCUAGAAUUUAAUAAUCAAUUUGGAAAAAAUAAAUAGAUAAAUAAAUAAAAGAAAUAAAAAACAAUCACUUUCUC